AUGGCAGCUGCAAUGAGGGCCUGUUCAAUCUUAUCGGAGAUGUCCUUCGCCGCUCUCUUCGAGAUCAGAGAGGAGAAUUCCAGCCAUUUCCUUGAUAGGCUGCCAGUGACAAGGGCGAGUAGCCCGGAAAAUCUGUCCUGCAGGACUGGUGUGAAACCACAAUCCCUGAUAUUCGGACUCACUCCCCGCUCGAUGAUGAAGCGAGAAACCUUCUUGUGGCUAUCUUUGGCCGCCUCAUCAAAGGAUCUGGCCGAUGGUCAUGUCAGAAAGCCCUCGUCCAUGGGCAGAAAGGCAUCGGCAUCGAGGGCUUUCUGA